CAGCAAGCCUCUGUACGCUGCCCUGGGCGCCCUGAUUCUGGCCUCCAUCACCUACCCACCUGGCGUGGGCCGCUUCAUGGCCUCCCGGCUCUCCAUGAGGCAGCACUUGGACACACUGUUUGACAACAACUCCUGGGCACUGAUGACCCGGAACUCGUCUCCACCCUGGCCUGCUGAGCCUGAUCCUCAGAACCUGUGGUUUGAGUGGUACCACCCUCGGUUCACCAUCUUUGGGACGCUGGCUUUCUUCCUGGUUAUGAAGUUCUGGAUGCUCAUUCUGGCCAGCACGAUCCCCAUGCCUGCCGGAUUCUUCAUGCCUGUGUUCAUCAUGGGAGCUGCUAUUGGGCGCCUCUUGGGGGAGGCUCUGUCUCUCGCCUUCCCUGAGGGCAUCGUGGCUGGAGGUGUCAUUAAUCCCAUCAUGCCUGGGGGCUAUGCUCUGGCAG